ACCGUCGGGGCCGGGGGCGGUGUUUUUUGUGCGCAUGCGCCACAUCGCCGCUCUUAGCUCCCCCUCCGUAACUGGUGGUACGCCUAGGUUCUCUCCUCCCUCUACGGUGGAAGGCGCCAUGCGAGUCGCCUCGUACGUGUCGUCGGCUCUAUGCGGCUACUUGGCUACGACCUAGGACAUCGUUAGUGCUUAGUGAUUGGACCUAGUGCUUUGUGUUGGACCUAGUGUUAAUUGAAUAAAGUCUUUAAGACUAGUAAACUUAAGCGUGCUGACAACUGGUAUGAGUGUGGCAUGGCCUUCGCCAAUGUUGGUCAAACUCACCAAUGCCACGGAGACACCUUUACAUCGGACAAUUACUGAGGAAGAGGGAUCAUGGAUCGUAUCUAUAGGAUUUCUAUGCACUAUGUUUACGAAUGUCCUUCUAGGCAUGUUAAUAGACUGUAUCGGCAGAAAGUAUUGCGUGAUACUCGCAUGUAUUCCAAAGAUGAUAGUCAGCAUUAUCUACAUAUUUGCUUCUGAUGUAUGGAUGUUAAUUUUGGGUCGAGCACUUAUUGGUGUAACUGACUCUUUUAUAUUCACAGUUGUGCCUAUUUAUUCUUCAGAAAUUGCUAGUAAAGAAAUGCGAGGUUCUCUCGGCACCUUCCUACAGAUAUUUUCAUCUUUGGGUAUUGUGGUCACAUUAUCGGUGGGACCAUAUACAUCGUUUACCACAUUUAAUACAGUCUUUGCUAUUAUUAACGUAGUUGCUGGUAUACCGCUGCUGUUUUUGCCUGACAGUCCAUUCUUUUUGUAUUCAAAAGGUAAAACAAAUGAAGCACACAACGUAUUAAAAGCUCUUCGCGGUAACGAUCAACUGGCAAAAGAAGAGAUAGCAAGUUACGCGUUAUCGACGGAUAAUAAAGUUGAUAAAAUUGCCUUGUUAAAGAAUAAAGCUUUCUUAAAAUGUUUAGCUAUAGCUAUGAUUUUAAGCGCUGGGUCACAGCUAGUUGGUUUUAACGCUGUAUCGUUUUAUUUGCAAACUAUUCUUGUAUCGACGAGGACAAAGGUAAAGCCAGAAAUAGCAUCAGUUAUUAUAGGUGUUAUACAACUUUUUGCGAGCUUCUGUACUACUGUUAUGAUGGAGAGGUUCAAAAGGAAACAGAUCUUAAUAUCUUCUUUACUCGGCAUGUUUAUUGGCUUGAUUGGAUUGGGCGUGUUUUUUAAAUUGAGUGAGGAUGUCGGGGUUCAAGGAUUUUUGAAUUACUUACCUUUAAUAUCACUUAUCCUCGUUGUAUAUUGUUAUAGUGCAGGAAUGGGAUCUCUUAUUUGGCUCCUGAUAGCGGAAUUAUUCGACGGACCGGCGAGAGCUUUUGGCGUUUCUAUAAGUUUAAUAAUCAACACAUUAUCUGUGUUUAUAACCACCAAGUAUUUCUCAACGCUUACUAUGGUUUUAGGACCAGCAGUGACAUACUGGUUGUUCAGUGGAUGUUGUUUGAUUACUUGUAUAUUUAUAUUUUACUGCGUACCUGAAACUAAGGGGAAAUCUUUUAGAGAAAUACAGGAAUACUUUGAAGGGGAUAUGACAAAAAAAGAUUUGGAAAAUAAUUAGAUGCAGAAGAUUUUAAAGAAAGAGUUGCAGUGGU